AUGGACGUGCUGGCGAUUUCAAUGGCGAAGCACAGGCGGACGCUGGUGACGACGGCCGGAGGCGGAGGAAAUCGCCGGGAAGCUGGUUCACCGGCGGCGCUGGGCUCCGCGGCGGAGGGGGGUGUUCGCCGGCGGCCAGGUAUGGCGGCCGCCAUGCCUCGCCAUACUGGUGGCUCCGCCACUGAUAGUCUCCUUUCGAUUUCAACCGUCGUCUCGAUUGCUGAAAUUCUGAAGAACAAUGGCUUUGCUGUUGAGAAGAGAAUUACGACAUCUACUGUGGAGAUAAGGGAUGACUCAAGAGGAAGAACUGUCCAAAAAGCCAAGAUUGAGAUCGUACUUGGCAAAACUGCAAACUUUGAUGAACUGAUGGCAGCAGCAAAAGAGGCCCUAGAGAAUGGCGAUGGCGAGGAUUAG